UAUAUAUACGGCGCGGCUGGUCGGGUCGAGUCCCGCAUCCCUCCCCGCGAUCCGCUCACCAGUCCCGGCCGUCUCCGACCUGGCGCUCCUUCUCCGUCUUCUUCCCUCACCGCUCGAGUUUGGAAUCCGCAGAGGAGAGGAGGAAGAUGGCGGCGGAGAGGGUCAGGGACGUGGGCAUCCUCGCCAUGGACAUCUACUUCCCGCCCAACUGCGUCCACCAGGAAGAGUUGGAAACUCAUGAUGGUGUGAGCAAAGGGAAGUACACCAUUGGGCUUGGGCAGGAUAGCAUGGCAUUUUGCACUGAAGUGGAGGAUGUCAUUUCAAUGAGCUUGACAGUGGUGAAGUCCCUCCUGAAAAAUUAUAACAUCGAUCCAAAGUGCAUUGGACGUUUGGAAGUUGGCAGUGAAACUGUAAUAGACAAGAGCAAGUCUAUAAAGACAUGGUUGAUGCAAAUAUUUGAGGAAUGUGGUAAUACUGAUAUUGAAGGAGUUGAUUCCUCAAAUGCAUGCUAUGGUGGAACAGCUGCUUUGUUUAAUUGUGUUAAUUGGGUCGAGAGCAACUCUUGGGAUGGACGUUAUGGACUUGUUGUUUGCACAGACAGUGCGGUUUAUGCCGAAGGACCGGCUCGUCCUACUGGCGGUGCAGCUGCUAUUGCAAUGCUGAUUGGACCAAAUGCUCCUAUUUCAUUUGAAAGCAAGUUUAGAGGGUCUCAUAUGGCGCAUGUUUAUGACUUCUACAAGCCUGAUCUUGCGAGCGAAUAUCCGGUGGUCGAUGGUAAGCUAUCACAGACAUGCUAUCUCAUGGCACUGGAUUCCUGCUACAAGACCUUUUGCAAAAGGUACGAAAAGAUUGAAGGGAAGCCAUUUUCAAUCGUCGAUGCAGAUUCUUUUGUAUUUCAUUCUCCAUACAACAAGCUUGUACAGAAAAGUUUUGCUCGUUUAUACUAUAAUGACUUCUUGAGAAACUGCAGCAUUGUCGACAAAGACUCGAGAGAAAAAUUGGAGCCCUACUCGGGCUUGUCAUCCGAAGAAAGCUAUCAGAGUCGGGACCUUGAGAAGGUAUGUCAGCAAGUUGCGAAGCCCCUGUAUGAUACCAAGGUUCAGCCAACAACAUUGAUCCCAAAGCAACUCGGGAACAUGUAUACGGCGUCACUCUAUGCUGCUUUUGCAUCAGUUGUCCACAAUAAACAUGAUGCUCUGGUGGGCCAGAGAAUCGUCAUGUUUUCUUACGGCAGUGGCAUGACAUCGACAAUGUUCUCCUUAAAAAUCAAUGAAGUCGAGCAUCCGUUCAGCCUAUCGAAUAUUGCAAGCAUACUGGAUAUCUCCAACAAAUUGGAGUCUAGGCAUGUGGUUCCACCGAAGAAAUUUGUCGAGGCUCUGAAGCUGAUGGAGCACCGCUACGGCGCCAAGGACUUCAUCACCAGCCAGGACACGCGCUUGCUCGUUCCGGGUACCUACUACCUCACCCAUGUCGACUCCAUGUACCGCCGGUUCUAUGCCGUGAAAGGCGAUGCGGCCGCCACUCCGGCCCUGGGGAACGCCGCGCUCGGCGGGGACCGGCACCGCGAGGCCGUCUGGGACGCGCUCUUCCCCGGGGCGCUGCGGGACUUCGCGAGGGUCCGGGACGCCGACGUCCUCGACCCGCUCUGCAUGGUGCUCGACACCUGCUGCUCCGGCGACGGCGGCCGCGGGAGGGUCGAGGAGCUGUGCCAUGAGGACGUCGGGCUGCCGGUGCUCGUCGAACUCGUCACCACCGCCUCCCGAUUGGGGCAUAAGGAAGAAUGGUUGGAGUGGCUUCUCUUCAAAAUCUGUGUUGAAGAGGAGAAGUUUGAAGCCUUGUUUGCAGCCCUAGAUUCAACUGAUGGUAGUGAAUCUGGAAAUGGGUUCAGUGCUAACCAUGCAUUUCUUAUGGGUACAUUGUCAAAGUGUUUGACUGAACGACCUGAAGAAGUUAGUAUCUCGAACAGUUUCGCUCUACAUGUUUUCAAUAUACAGAAGCAUGCUGCUGAGACCGUGGAUUUUACUUGCCGAGGUAGCUCUGCUCUUCCAACUGGUUGCCCUACAAUUGAUGUCCUUGGAUAUUCAUUAGUGCUCUUGAAGGACAUAUGUGCUUGGGACCCCUCUUCGUCGGAGACCGAAGCACCUGUUGACUCGUUGUUGCAGGCCGACCCCUCUUCAUCGGGCACUGAAUCACCUGUUGACUCACUGUUGCAGGCUGGUCUUGUAAAACGCCUCUUAAAAUACCUAGGUGAGCUUGAGCCCCCAAGUACAAUCAGGAAAGCGAUGGCAAAGGAACAAGGAGAUCAACAGCAAGCCCUUGCAACUGCAAAGGUCUGCCCAUACAAUGGUUACAGGAGAGAUUUAGUGGCUGUCAUUGCCAAUUGCUUGCAAGGAAGGAAACAGGUGCAGGAUGAGGUUAGACAGCUGAAUGGGAUUAUGUUACUGUUGCAGCAGUGUGUCAUUGAUGAAGGAAAUGCAUACUUGAGGGAGUGGGGUCUGCUAGCUGUGAAGUAUUUGCUUGAAGAAAACGAGGAAAAUCAGAAGGAGGUAUCUGAGCUACAGAUGCAAGAACCUAUUCUAACUCCAGAGGUCGCAGAGUUAGGCCUAAGAGUGGAGAUCGACAAGAAAACGGGUCAUCCAAAACUGGUCAAUUCCUCCUGACGUAGAAAUCUCCUAUCUUGUGAUUGACAAUGUCUGGACUUACCAUUUGGAUGCAUGUUUAACUUCAGCACAUGAUGAAGAUUUUUCACUUUGGUCCUGCCCUGUUUGAGACGAAGACCAGGAGAAACUUCCGCUGGUCAUGGUUCCUCUAGAUAUCAGUGGGAGAAAUGUAAAUGUUGGAUGCUGCCGCCCCAGGGGAAAUAGGGGUUAUAUUCUCAUUAAGUGCUACUAGUUCUGGCUAUGACUACCAGAUGCAAUGUCUGUCAUUUUAAACUCUUGCGCUGGGCUAUGAUUACAGAUUGAAACAUGUUCUGGCUAUGACUACCAGAUGCAAUGUCUGUCAUUUUAAACUCUUGCGCUGGGCUAUGAUUACAGAUUGAAACAUUUUAUGUAGUGCAGGCACUUAAAAUGUUUUUGGAUUCAAA